AGGGAAAAAAGGGUGAAGAGUUGAAGAGAGAGAGAGAGAACCCUUUUGGCUCUUUCAUUCUUUGCUUAAUUCCUAUGGAGGAGUUUCAAAGAUCAAGGUCUUAUGCAAAUGGGCAAAUGAUGCAGAUAGAGAGCUACUAUGGAGCUCCUAGGCCUUAUGAUCUUAGUCUCAGAACUUAUAGUGCUUCUUAUGCACAAACUCAAAUAGGUCCUCCUAGGGACUUGAAGUUGAAGAAAGGAAAAAGCAUUUCUGCAGGGUCUUCUUUCUCCAAGUCUUGGAGCUUUGCUGAUCCUGAGCUUCAGAGGAAGAAGAGGGUUGCUAGCUAUAAAAUGUAUUCUGUGGAAGGAAAGAUCAAAGGGUCCUUCAGGAAGAGCUUCAGGUGGCUGAAGAACAAGUACUCCCAUGUGGUUUAUGGUUGGUAGUGGUUUAAUUAAUUGCUGCUCGUAUUUAAAUUUCUGGUUUUACAUAUAUGAGAUGCGUUUAUGAGAAGAAUUGUAGAUUAAUCAUUGAUGGGGUUAUGAAUUUGUGAUCGGUUUAUUUGAGUUCGUCAAAGGUUUUUGUCUAUAUGUGGAAUAAUUUGUUACUUAUAAUUAGGUCCUCGAAGAUCUUCUAAUCUUCCUUUGAGGGGUGAAAUGAAAUGAAAUUAUAUUUAUUUUGUUGUUCAUGAUUUUAACUUUAUGAUGGGUCAGAUGGAUUAAUUAAA